GGAGGAUACGUAGCCUUCAGCUCUCUGCCUUAAAAGUCGCAGCUUGAAUUACUCGCAGCGCAAAAGCGACGCUUCAAAUCAGAACGCUACUGUUGCUCAUUAGGUUCUCUCACUGACGUCUCAGUUGUCGUACUCUGGAGUAUGGCUAAAAAGGACAUUUUCGUAGCUCUUAUUUGUGCGGCUGCAUUUAUUGGUACAUCAUAUCAACAACGACCUUCAUCACGAGGGGCCUGGUACUUGGACAUUGAAAAGUUCUACAAAACUCUCGGACACUUAUGGAUUAUAGCGACAGCUACGGCUAAUCAGCAAGCGAACACCGCUUGUAAGCUCUAUGAUGUAACAAGUGUAAACGGUCGUACGGUGUAUUUCCGGCGGAUAUAUUAUAAGAACGGAACAAGGGUGCAAACAGAGUUGACUGGAAGGCUAAAAGUCGAGGACCAUCCUGUUGUAGCAAAACUUAUGAAUUACAAUCAUGUUAUGAGAGUUUACCCACCAGGCCGGCGCUCGGAAACCGGCGAUGCGGCUGCGAAAGCGUCUCUUUUUGCGAGAUCACCGCGAAUUGAUACAAUGUCGGCUUGCGAUUUAUGGACUUAUGCAAGUGAAAAUAUGUUUGAAGAGCGUCUACUCUACCAGAGCAGUGGAAAGGAGUGUGGUAUUUUUAACGUAAGAAGCCUGAUUCGCAGACUUCAUAUAACAAGUGAAUACUAUGAACUGCGCCUGUGGAAUUCGUCUGCUGUGAGCCCAUAUAAAGAGUGCCUUAAAGCUUACGCUGAACGUGUACCGAACGGAAAUGUCAUCACGACCUAUUAUAACGGCUUGUGCAAGAACAUACUUACCACGUAGAUUGCAAGAAAGACGCACGCAGUGUGAGUUUUGUUCAACAUAAACCCACAAGACCGUACUUUCCUUAACCCUAAUUGACAAAGUGCAACUUGCCUGCUUUCUGAUAACAGAUGCACAAAAACACAACCUAUAUUUCUUACUCGACAAUAUUUGCUGAUGUUCUACAAGCAUGAAUUCUGCAAUAAACACAUACUAUAGC